AUGAUUUACCAGAAGAAAGAGAUUUUGAAGCGAUACCUUCAGAAGGAAACCGAGCCAGUUUCUGAUUCGUCCUCGCCUUGCAGUGAUUUUUGCGUCGACGAUGGCGCUGUCGACGAGUGGUGGCGCCGCAGCGCGAGCACCAAAGCCACUCCGCCACCGAAGCCAUGUUCCACCUCCUGUAGCACCUUCGACAAUUACCCCCGAGCAUUUACAUCACUCAAAUCAAACUAUCACAGCUCAAAAGCAGAAACUCAAAGCUCCAGCUUUGAUAGCAACAACAAUCAACUUUGCUUUUUUCGAUCAGAAAAUUCAAUCGAACAAGAGAUGGAGAUGAUAUGUCAAAAAGUAGAGAACCAGCUCAAAAAGGAACCAAGAACUUUUCCUCCAUUUUAUGGACAAAAGUUGAGCACAGAAAUUCAAGCCUCAAUUUCAGCACCGAUAAAUCUCCAUCCCUCCUCGGUCGGAGCCACUUCUCAGCCGGUAUCUUUGACUCCUUCUUUGGAGAAGCUUCAGAAAACACUGAAGCGCAAGCUCGAGCAGUCCGCUAGCAGUAGCUCUCCUAUGUCAGCCAAACGGUCCCGAAAAUCAAGCUCAGAUGAAGCGAUAGAUUUGAGCUUCAAAACUACGGACAGUACUUCAGAGACGUCUGCGGAAGAGAUUCCAAAUGCGCCUUCGCAAGGAGCCAAAGAUAAUGAUAUUCAUGCUGGAAUCUCCAAUCGAAACGUCUGGCGACCCCCUGGAAUCCCCACCGCUCCAGACCCAGCUCACCUUUUCCAGCAAAAUCUUCCAGCAAACACUUCUUCAGCUCCAAAUCCAAAAGCCCUUGCCGAGCUCCUCAGCAUAAUCCGCAGCAACGAAAAACGGAACAUGGAAAUACCGACCGCGCCAGCCCGUUUUCCGCCCGCCACUUUGGGGCGCCAUUCCGCUCCGUCUCUCAACCAAUCGCCGACUGGCCCGUACGGUCCCCUGCGCCUCGGACACACUCCUCAGGCCCUGCCGUUUCCUUCCAUGCGUCCGGGAAUGCUUCAAACACCGCCAGGGAUAGGACAAAGCCUCCCCGCAAUGCAGCAGUCAAAUCCAGCUCUCGGCCUCCUGAAUCUUCUCAACAAAUCGCCAUUGCUUGCAAGUCUUCAUUAUCAACAGCAGCAGCAAAAACAAGCGGCUCAUCAGGCGAUGUCUGCGAAUCAUAGACCGCCAGUCAGUCUGAACAGCCCUUCAGUGAUGGAUAUCUAUCAACUGGUUUCAAUGGCGAGAGAUAGUUUGAAACCAAAAGAAAUCGAGGCACGGGGUCAAAUGGUAAACCACUACCACCAAAUAGCAGUGAUCGAGCAGCUCAAGAAGCAGUCGGCUAUGAUAACUUCUCAGAUUCAGCUAAACAACUUGCGAAAGAUCUGCCAAGGAGACAAGGGCGGCCAAUACAAUUGUCCGAGUUGCCUAACUUCCUUCGUCACACUGCGAGAACUGGAGUCUCAUCGACGAGUAAUCCACGGCGUUGUCGAUGACCAUGUGGCACACGACGAGGCAAACUCGGAAGAGUCGUCCGGAAGCGUCUCAAAUGACAAGAUUUUCGAAUGCCACGUCUGCCAGAAAGUUUUCAAGCGGUCUUCGACGCUGUCAACUCACUUGCUGAUCCAUUCUGAUACGAGGCCGUUCCCGUGCCCAUUUUGUGGAAAACGAUUUCACCAGAAGUCGGAUAUGAAGAAGCAUACCUACAUUCAUACAGGAGAAAAGCCGCACAAAUGCCGCGUCUGCUCGAAAGCCUUCUCCCAGUCCUCGAAUCUCAUCACUCACAUGCGCAAACACGCCGGAGUCAAGCCUUUUGCAUGCGAUCUCUGCGACGAAGCCUUCCAAAAGAAAGUAGAGCUGCGUCGCCACACAGAGGCAGCCCAUAAUGUGAAGACAAGAUAA